UCAAACCUCAUCAGAUUCAGCGCAGUAGACUAUGUAUACCUAUGCAUAACACGAGAAGGAGAAAGGAGAACGGAAAGAGGUUUUUUAUUCCCACCGAAGCAAAAGAAUACCAAUGUAAGUACAGUAGUGGACUCUCUGUCUCGGAGGAAUUCUACGCCAAAGAGAGAAGUGAUAAUGAAUAUCCAAAAAAGAAAAAUCUCUUCUUGUCUCAUUGAUAAAACCAGCUUUUUCGGACUCCGGUAAUCGGUCGGUUCCCCACACCAACUACUAACAUGUAGGUACAUUAGUUCUGACCAUUAUUAUAUUUCAUUUUCGAGUGCGGAACUGCGAAAGUGCGAAAAGCGAGCGAAAGAUACCUAUCUAAACUCAUAUUUGCUAGCACGGUAGAAAAGCAGAAGAAUCGGCACUACCUAGAAUCGGCUUUUUCGAGUGAUGUAUAUACUACCAACAGCUUGUUCUCCUA